AUGGACGCUGAAGUGAAAAGACUUGCCCAAAAGGCCGUGGACUUGUACAAGUCAAGGAAAGACAACUCCCGUAUUCUGAUAUGUAUAGGUGGUCCACCAGGUUGCGGAAAAUCAACCCUUGCUUUCCCUUUAGUAGACAAGAUCAAUUCCCUCCUCUCUUCCCCUCCAACCCAUCAUCCAUCUAUAGUAGAUUCAUCCACGGCACUUGCCACACAACCUCAAGAAUCACCUGACAAACCUGCUGUCUCAGUGUCCCUUGACGGAUGGCACUACCCUCGAGCUAUCCUCGAUACAUUCCCCGACCCCCAAGAGGCACAUUAUUAUCGCGGUGCUCCCUUCACCUUUGACGUCGACAGUUAUUUGAAGUUUGUCCAAAAGUUGAAACAAGAUACGGAAGAAGAAGUUGGAUAUUUCGAAUUUGAUCAUGCUCUCAAAGACCCAACACCCGCCCCGAGACCGAUCACGAGGAAGAAUAGGAUAGUAGUGAUCGAAGGACUUUAUUGUCUUUUGGACGAAGAUAAAUGGAGGGAUGCGGCGGAAAUGAUGGAUUUGAAAAUUUUCGUUGAAGUUGAUGAAGAGGUCGAAAGGGAGAGGUUGAUAGAGAGGAAUUAUAAAGCUGGGUUGGCAUCCACCAGAGAACUUUUGAUCGAGAGGGUGGACGCCUCGGACAUGCGUAACGGUCGUACAGUUCGGUCGAAAAGGGUUACACCCACAGAUAUAGUAUGGUCCAUCCAAGAUCCAUCCCAUGGCAAAUGA